AUGGAGAAAGACAAUCUAUAUUCUAUGUUGGGAGUGAUGGACCAAAGCGUCUUCACAUCUUUGCCACGGGGUCACCAAUUUCAAGACCUGUCCCGGGCUAAUCCUCAGUUGCAAAUGACAGCUGCAAGUCUCUUUCACUGCGGCGCUGAUUUUGAACCCACACCCAUCAAUGAAAACUCGGCAGCCUUUGGUAAUCGUUCUGGCGCCCGUCCUAACGAAAACCAAUUGCUUCGGCAGGUACUGAAUCAAGCAAACACUGUGAUUGAUGCAGAGAAUGAUUUUACCCUUUAUGGAAACUCCUUGGGUCUUUCCCCUUCUCUCAUGAGUAGCAAUCAUCCACAAACACAGAGUGCUCCAGUGGUACCCACAGCCGCAACGUCCUCCUCUGAAACUUGUCAUGCAAGCACAGACCUUCAUCCAGAUACUGCUGCUUCUCCGACCGAAUCCACUGCUGCAGCUUCUGAAGAAGCCUCACCCUCCACAAUUUCACAAGCCGUGACAUCUGGAAGGUGGUAUGAUCGAUAUCAAGAUCUGAUCCAAUUCAAGAAAGAACACGGUCAUUGCUGUGUCCCAAGCCAUUGGCCCAAGAACCCCCCUUUAGCGCAAUGGGUCAAGCGCCAACGCCAUCAAUACAAGAGGUCAAACGAAGGACUUCAUUCCACGAUCACCCCGGCUCGCAUUGAGGCCCUGAACAAGAUGACCUUUGUCUGGGAUCCCCACUCUGCCUUUUGGGAAGAACGUCUCAAUGAACUCUAUGAAUUCCGAGAUAAGUACGGCCAUUGCAAUGUCCCAACCAAGUUCCCGGACAAUCCUCAAUUGGCGAUUUGGGCCAAGUGUCAGAGACGUCAGUUCAAGCUGUUUGUCUCAGAUGGCCCCAAGCGAUCCAACAUGACUGUGGAUCGAAUCGCUAAACUCUCCCGUGUGGGAUUCGUCUUUAACCCGAGGCAAAUCAAUAAGAGGAGAGCCUAA